AUGACACAGAAAGUCGACCUGUGUUCAGUUUCCAUCGGAGUGGAGGGGAUGACCUGUGGCUCUUGUGUCCAGUCCAUAGAGAAGCGCAUCGGGUCCCUCCAAGGAGUGAUACACAUUAAGGUAUCAUUAGAGCAGAAGAAUGCCUCCGUCAUAUUUGAUCAGAGCCGGCAAACCCCAGGGUCUCUGUCGGAGGCCAUCGAGGACAUGGGCUUUGAAUCAAGUGUACCAGAGGGCAGCGCAGCCACACCGGUCUCCACAGACACCCAGCUGAUCGCCACCUCGGGCCUGACUCCUGCAGCUCACCUAGAAGCUUUGGACAGACUCUCGAAAGUUCAGGGAGUGCUGGAUGUCACAGAAGACCCGUCCCACCUUGGUCUCACAGUCUCCUUUGUUUCCUCCCUGACCUCCACGCAGCAGCUGAACGAAGUGGUGGCCAGUGUCGCUCCUCCGGAGGUCCCCGCUCCCUGCAGCCCUGUGCAAAAAGGCCCGGCCUUGUUGCCAGCGAGCACAGCAGGGAGUGGGGUGACGCUCCUGAAGUUAUGCAUUGAAGGAAUGACCUGUCAUUCCUGUACGACAACUAUUGAAGGGAAAAUCGGGAAGCUAAAAGGAAUUGAAAAGAUCAAAGUUGUUUUAGAUUCUCAGGAAGCCACAGUUGUCUACCUGCCUUACCUCAUCUCUGUCCAGACCAUCAUCGACCAGAUUGCUGUGGCCGGCUUCAGAGCCUCAGUGAAGUCCAAGCCCCGUCCGUUACAGCUGUCCCCCAGUGAAAUCGAGCGUCUUGCCGACUCUCACAGACCUGCGGUUUCUUCACCGUCUGAGUCUUCAGAGGAGACGGAAAUCUUCAUAGACACGGUUCUCGUCAUGCUCAGGGUGAAAGGCAUGCACUGCCGUUCCUGCGUGUUCAACAUUCAAGACAAUAUCUCAGUGAUUCCUGGGGUUUCCUCGGUGGAGGUCUCUCUGGAGAAGGAGAGCGCCUCCAUUUGCUACGAUCCUCUUAGGCUCACAGUGGCUCAGCUGCAGCAGGCCAUCGAGGCGCUGCCUCCCGGAAACUUCAAGACUCAACCCUGGGACUCCUCUGACGCUCUCAGUCCCGUGUCCCUGUCACCACCGCCUGCCUUACCGUCGCUGCGGCCUGCAGGAGCAACCAAGCAACCCGCAGCGUCCCAGCCGUGUUUCAUUCAGCCUCUGGCGUCGGUUGCUACUAUUCACAUCAAGGGCAUGACGUGCAACUCGUGUGUCCAGUCCAUCGAAGGCGUCAUCUCCCAGCGAAAAGGCGUGACGUCUGCUCAGGUCUCCCUGGCUGAUGAAAAGGGCUUCUUCGAGUAUGAUCCCCUGCUGACCACACCAGAAGAGCUGAGGGACGCCGUAGAGGACAUGGGCUUUGAAGCCAGCCUGCCUGAGACCAAUCCCCUGCUGCCUGCACCGGAUCCCAUCUUGUCCAAGUCUUCAAGCGCAGCCCUGCUCAAGGUGAAGGAGCUGGACAAUGACUUUCACAAAGAGGCUGCGCAGGGACGCGGCGAAGAGACGCACUCUAAAUGCUACAUUCAGAUUGGAGGGAUGACCUGUGCCUCCUGUGUGUCCAACAUCGAGCGAAACCUCAAAAACGAACCAGGUGUCCACUCUGUUCUGGUUGCACUCAUGGCCAGUAAAGCAGAGGUCCGUUUUAACCCUGAAGUCAUCGACCCUGUGAAGAUCGCCGAGUGUGUGAAAGAGCUGGGCUUCACGGCCUCCGUGAUGGAGAACUAUGAAGGUUCAGAUGGAAAUCUGGAGCUAGUGGUCAGGGGAAUGACAUGUGCUUCUUGUGUGCACAAAAUUGAAUCCAGCCUCAUGAGAGAGAAGGGGGUUAUAUAUGCCUCGGUUGCCUUGGCAACAAACAAAGCCCACAUCAAGUACGACUCUGAAAUUAUAGGGCCGAGAGACAUCAUCAAGCUGAUUGAGAACCUGGGAUUUGAAGCAUCUUUAGUGAGGAGGGAUCGCACUGCCAGUCAUCUGGACCACAGCAAAGAGAUUCGACAGUGGAGGAAGUCCUUCCUGAUCAGCUUGGUUUUCUGCGUGCCUGUCAUGGGGAUGAUGAUCUACAUGAUCGUCAUGGACCACCAGAUGAAUGUUUCCCAUCAUCACAACGCCACGAUGGAGGACCGCAACCUUUACCACUCCACCAUGUUCCUGGAGAGACAGCUGCUCAAAGGCCUGUCCAUUAUGAACCUGCUCUCUUUCAUCUUUUGUCUGCCUGUUCAGUUUAUUGGAGGUCGUCACUUCUACAUUCAAGCCUACAAAGCAGUGAAGCACAAAUCUGCCAACAUGGACGUGCUGAUAGUUUUGGCCACUUCCAUCGCCUUCAGCUACUCGGUGGUCGUCCUACUAGUUGCCAUGGUGGAGAAGGCACCAGUCAACCCCAUCACGUUCUUCGACACGCCGCCGAUGCUUUUCGUCUUCAUCUCGCUGGGACGCUGGCUGGAACAGAUAGCCAAGAGCAAAACCUCCGAGGCUUUGUCCAAACUGAUGUCUCUACAAGCCACCGAGGCCACAGUGGUCACUCUCAGCAGUGAUAACUCUAUCCUCAGUGAGGAGCAGGUGGAUGUGGAGCUGGUGCAGAGGGGGGAUGUGGUGAAAGUGGUUCCUGGAGGGAAGUUUCCAGUGGAUGGGAGAGUGAUUGAGGGACACUCCAUGGCGGACGAAUCUCUCAUCACAGGUGAGGCCAUGCCCGUGACAAAGAAGCCCGGGAGCUCGGUAAUCGCCGGCUCCAUUAACCAGAACGGCUCCCUGCUCGUCAGCGCGACACACGUUGGCAUGGACACCACGCUGUCUCAGAUCGUCAAGCUGGUGGAGGAGGCCCAGACGUCCAAGGCUCCCAUCCAGCAGUAUGCAGAUAAGAUCAGUGGCUACUUUGUUCCCUUCAUUGUUGGCAUCUCUCUGCUCACACUGAUAGCCUGGAUCUUCAUCGGGUUUUUGGACUUCUCCAUUGUGCAGAUGUACUUUCCUGGUUACGACAAGAGCAUCUCCACAGCAGAGGCGGUGAUUCGCUUUGCCUUCCAGGCCUCCAUAACCGUAUUAUGCAUCGCCUGUCCCUGCUCUCUUGGCUUAGCAACCCCAACAGCUGUCAUGGUGGGCACAGGGGUGGGAGCCCAAAACGGCAUCUUGAUCAAGGGAGGAGAGCCGCUCGAGAUGGCGCAUAAGGUGCAGUCGGUGGUGUUCGACAAGACUGGGACCAUCACCUAUGGCGCUCCGAAGGUUAUUCAAGUCAAGAUAGUGGUGGAAGGGAAUAAGAUGCCUCGUUCCCGCCUGUUGGCCAUCGUGGGCACAGCUGAGAACAACAGUGAGCAUCCUCUGGGAGCAGCCAUCACCAAGUACUGCAAGCAGGAGCUUGGUACCGAGUCUCUGGGCGCGUGCACGGACUUCCAGGCGGUGCCGGGCUGUGGCAUCCGAUGUCAGGUCAGCAACACGGAGACGCUGCUCAAGCAGGCAGACAGUGACAGCGAGGACAACAACCAGCGCAACAGCAUCCUGGUCCAGAUCAGCGACACCCGGACGUCUCCCAGCUCCCAUCCGCUCAUCAUGGAUCCACAGCCCAUAAGCCUGGUGCAGACGGCCACCUACACCGUUCUUAUUGGGAACAGGGAGUGGAUGAGGAGGAACUGCCUGCAAAUCAGGCCUGACAUUGAUGAAGCCAUGGUGGAGCACGAGCGGAGAGGACGCACCGCUGUCCUCGUAGCUGUGGACAACCUGCUCUGUGCAAUGAUCGCCAUCGCGGACACAGUGAAGCCGGAGGCGGAGCUGGCCGUCCACACCUUGACCAGCAUGGGCCUGGAAGUGGUGCUGAUGACCGGAGACAACAGCAAGACGGCUCGAGCAAUCGCUGCUCAGGUGGGCAUCAGGAAGGUGUUUGCUGAAGUGCUGCCGUCCCACAAGGUGGCCAAAGUGGAGCAGCUUCAGCAGGCUGGGAAGCGGGUGGCCAUGGUGGGGGACGGCGUCAACGACUCGCCCGCUCUGGCCAUGGCCGACGUGGGCAUCGCCAUAGGAACCGGGACGGAUGUGGCGAUAGAGGCGGCAGAUGUGGUGUUGAUCAGGAACGACCUGCUGGACGUGGUGGGAAGUAUCGACUUGUCUAAAAAGACAGUCAAGAGGAUUAGGAUCAACUUCGUCUUUGCUCUUAUCUAUAACCUGGUUGGAAUUCCCAUUGCAGCAGGUGUGUUCCUCCCCGUCGGGCUGGUCCUGCAGCCCUGGAUGGGCUCGGCCGCCAUGGCGCUCUCAUCCGUCUCUGUGGUUUUGUCCUCGCUUCUUCUCAAAUGUUACUCUAAACCCACCGCCGAAAAGCUGGAGGCCAGACUGGGCGGCGGCAGGCGCCAGGGCAGCCUGUCCGACGUCAGCGUGCACAUCGGCAUGGGCGAGGCGCGGCGCCCCUCCCCCAAGCUCAGCCUGCUGGACCGCAUCGUCAACUACAGCCGGGCCUCCAUCAACUCCCUGCGCUCCGACAAGCACUCGCUCAACAGCCUGGCGCUCAGCGAGCCCGACAAGCACUCGCUGCUGGUGGGGGAGGCGCUGUGCGAGGAGGAGUUCUGCUGAGCCCGCGGGGCUCACGUGGCCCGGUGCGGACGGCAGCCGCGUCGAGCUGAAAGGGUUACAUCUUAUAGUGGCCCGUCGUCUGCUGUAGGAGCCCUCAGGGCAGCACUGUUUACUUGAAGGAAAGCCGACUUGCCCCCGUGUUUUUUCUUUUAGCCUGGCCAACUGAUCACAUGCACUGCUGGGUGAUUUCAGACGGUCUGUAGUUGAGUCUGAGACGCUUUUUUGAUAAAAACCCUUUGAGUUUUGAUCCCUAAACUCUCAUGAAGCCUCCUCAGAGCCUUCAUCCAGGAAGCUGUGGUCAUUUACAAUCACAAUCUGUUUUUAUCGAUCCAAAGACGUUUUAACCGUGGUUCCCCCCCGUCGAGAGCGGACGCCACAGAAAUGUAUUUUAUAUGAUUUUCUUUACACGGGGAAUUUCAACUGUUGUAUAAUUCCAGAGUAUUUAUAUUACCAUUAUUUAUCGGGUUUUUUUUCUCCUUUGUAUUCUGUGAAAAAUGAAGUUGUUCAAUCCAAAUAUCACCUCUCACUUCCAAUCUCCCAAAAUGUGUAAUAACCGAGUAAGGUAAGGCGUGAAAAAUGAAUCCAGGAGGCCUUGUUAAGCGCUGCGAGCUGAUUGUUAUACAGAACACUAAUGAAGUGACUUGAAUUGUCGGUGUUUUCCCAAGUGCCAAUCGCAGCGACACCUCGGCAAAGUCCAACACAUUCCAAAGGUAGCGGCGUACGCAAGUUAUCUUGGACAUGUGCUUGAAGCGCGCUCAGAGAUGAGGUCAAUGAUUGAAGGCGGAGGUCUGCUGGAGGUGGACAGGGUCUGCGUUCGGCUGUUUUCUAAACCCUCUGCACCUUCAGUCAAGAAAUGUGAACGUUGUUCGCCGUCAUAUUUCAUCAGAAGUUGUUACAUGAAUGACCAAGUGCUUGGAUUACUGUUGCAAAAAAAAAAAAAGCAAGGUUUUGCUGUGAAAAGGAAAACUGUUUGUCCUGCUUGUCAUUUCGUUCCUCAAAAUUACUCCCAGAGAUGCAAAACUGUCAGGUUUGUUGCACAUUGUCAAAGAACCGCGUUUGAAACCCGGGGAGCAGGAGACGCAGCACAGCCACCAAACAAGUUACUGAAACACCAACCCCCUUGAUUUCAGUGGAUCGUUUCACAAAUUCACAAGAUUGAUUGCAGUAUUUCUUUUAGGUCACUCCUCUUAUUUCACAUCUGUAGGAAGAUUGUUUAACCUUCUGUGAAAUCACUACAUGGUGCAUUAUUUUUUGUAAAAUCAGCAGUAAACUCUUGCAGUCCAGUUAUUCCCUGAUCUUGUUUGUAAUGUGUGUGUGUGUGUGUGUGUGUUGAAGGAGCGAGCGUCACGCCGCGCUGCCUUGCUCUCGUGAUGCUCGUGUGUGUAUGUGUGUGUGUCGCCGUCGCCGCUUGAUGAACGCCGUUUCUGCCAGUCAGUCGUUUUUGUGCAAAAAGCUUCGUAAAGCCGUCAGCGCAGCUUCAGCUCUUGUUUCUCUGAACGUUGUGUGCCUUAGAAUAAACCUGCUUUUGUAACGUC